AUGGCGGUUGGCGCCGGCAACUUCGUGCGAACUUGCAUCAAUGGCCUCAAUGCCCUGUCAGGGGUGGGCUUGCUCACCGUGCCCUACGCGCUCUCCGAGGGGGGCUGGGUGAGCCUGGCGCUGCUAGCCACCGUGGCCGCCGCCUGCUGGAACACCGGGAUCCUCCUCAGCCGCUGCAUGGACGCCGACGACGCCAUCCGGACGUACCCGGACAUCGGCGAGCGCGCCUUCGGCCGCGCCGGCCGCCUCCUCGUGUCGGGCUUCAUAUACGCCGAGCUCUACCUCGUCGCCACGGGUUUCCUCAUCCUCGAGGGCGACAACCUCGACAAACUCUUCCCCGGCGCCGCCGUCAGCCUGGGGACCGUGUCCCUCGCCGGGAAGCAGCUGUUCAUCGUGCUCGGCGCUCUCGCGGUCACGCCCACCACGUGGCUCCGCAGCCUCGGCGUGCUUGCGUACGUCUCGGCGACGGGCGUGUUCGCGUCCGUCGUCAUCGUGCUCAGCGUGCUGUGGGCCGCGGCCGUCGACGGUGUCGGGUUCUCCGGACGAGGGACGACGACGCCGCUACGGACCACCGGGCUCCCGACGGCCCUCGGGCUGUAUAUCUUCUGCUACGGCGGACACCCCGUCUUCCCGACGCUGUACACCUCUAUGAAGAGGAAGUCUCAGUUUCGAAAGAUGCUAGUGAUAUGCUUCGUGCUGUGCACGCUCAACAACGGUGCAAUGGCGGUGCUUGGCUACCUCAUGUACGGCGACGGCGUGCUGUCCCAGGUGACGCUGAACCUCCCCGCGGCGAGGCUCAGUUCCAAGGUCGCCAUAUACACGACGCUGCUCACCCCGUUCUCCAAGUACGCGCUGCUGGUGACGCCGAUCGCGGCUGCCGUCGAGGAGAGGAUCCGCGGCUGCGUCGGCGAGGGAGCGGCCGUCUCCGUGGCGGUGAGGACGCUGCUGGUGCUCAGCACGCUGGUCGUGGCGCUCGCGGUGCCCUUCUUCGCGGACCUCAUGGCGCUGGUGGGGUCGCUGCUCAACGCGGCCGUGUGCAUGCUGCUGCCCUGCGCCUGCUACGUCAGGAUCUUCGGGCCGCCGCCGUCGAUCAGCCGCUGGGAGGCUGCGGCGAUCGGCGGGAUACUGGCGCUGGGCUCGCUGGUGGCUGUCACGGGGACUUACUCUUCCGUGGCGAAAAUUAUCCACCAGUUGAUAUGACAAAAUACCGAA